UGUUUUGAACAUUCGCCGCGAUGGGUUCGCUUUCGACAGUCUUACAAAAAAAUAAAACACGAUAAAUACUCUAAAAUAUAAUAAAUUCGGAAAAUGGAAUCGACAUUAAUAAAUUAAAUAUAUAACCUUAAACCACAAACGGACGCAAAAAGUACUCGUUAAAUAAUGUUAAACACGCAAGAACAGUUGUCAGGUGCAUUAAAAGUGUAAAGCACCAAACAAAAAAGUGAAAAAUAUACAUACAUAUAUAUGUAUGUGCCGUUACGAAACGAAUGCAAAAUACGGGCUUAGCAUAAAAUUUUUAGAAAGACAGUGAAAUUGCAUAUUUACGCAGUUAAAACUCAUUAUAAUUUCAAAUCGCUUAUUAAUAAAAAACAAAACAAAGAAACGAAAAAUAAGAAAGGAAGCCAAUUACGCUUUGUACAAACACAAGCUACAUUGUACUGCUCUGUUCAACGGACACUUAUGCGAGAAGAAAGCCCCACAGCUUUAUAAUGAAAUGGAGAUGCAAAGCUACUCUGGUCAUGGACCAUCGACAGGCACAUCAGAAACAGCAACAGCAGCAUUUGCAUGUGCAUCAGACGCAGCAGCAACAUUCACACAGCGACACUUCAAUUGUCGGCUGGAAGAGGCUGAUUGGCCUGGGGUUUUCCAGCCGUUUAUUGACUGCAAAAGCAGCCACACCAACAGAACAUCCUACGCCUCCAGCAGCAGCAAAAACCACUUCCUGCCCACCAGCAACAUCCUCAUUGACGGACGCAACAACACAUUCCAGUGCGCACGGCAAGCUUUCGAUGAAGCGGAGCACAGCGCAUUCUAUAGCUGCAGUGCGGAAAGACCAUUGUUUGAAAACUCCACAUUAAGGAUGAAGGCGCGACUGUUGCGAUGGCCGCACGAGGCGUAUGAGCACUUUCGACUGGCAAUCAACGGGGCCCUUCGUGAUUAUGCGAGUGAUACAUUUAGUGAUAGCGAUGAGGGAUGCAUGGUAUUGCAAUGUGAGCUAGGCGAAGCCAAGAAACUAUUGCUUUGUCAUGUGCAACGCGAGAGGGAACCACAUCAGGUGCUGGAAAGCAUGGAGGAGGGCUUUUCAAACGACCUGGGCCCAGAACGCGAUGGAUUCUGGUCCUUCCUUAACCUAAGUGAACUAAUGAAGCCAGACUACGACUGUCUGGGCAUCAUAAAUGUCACCAGCACCAGCACCAGCUUAGACAUGAUUUUGCCGAACUUUACAGCCCUGAACACGACCACGGUCUCGACUGCAGAGACGGAUGCCGACCUCGCGGUAACAAAGAGCCUUCUGGACCUAAGUCCCCAUGCCUACGACUGGCUAUUCCUGUUCGUGGUGUUUUUUAUCUUUGCGGGUGGCCUGGGUAAUAUGCUCGUAUGCGUGGCCGUGGCCUUGGACCGGAAACUGCAGAAUGUCACUAACUAUUUCCUGUUUUCCCUGGCUAUAGCCGAUCUCCUGGUUAGUUUGUUUGUGAUGCCCAUGGGUGCGAUACCAGCAUUUUUGGGUAAGUGUUCAAAUAGUUAUUGGCCACUUGGCUUCACCUGGUGCAACAUUUAUGUGACGUGUGAUGUACUGGCCUGCUCAUCCAGCAUAUUGCACAUGUGCUUCAUUAGUUUGGGACGCUAUAUGGGAAUAAGAAAUCCAUUGGGCACAAGGCAUCGAUCUACAAAACGAUUGACUGGUAUAAAGAUAGCCAUUGUCUGGGUGAUGGCCAUGAUGGUAUCCAGCUCAAUAACAAUGCUUGGUCUCGUCAAUGAGAAGAACAUAAUGCCGAAGCCUAAUAUAUGCGUGAUCAAUAAUCGCGCCUUUUUCGUGUUUGGAUCUCUGGUAGCUUUUUACAUUCCCAUGCUGAUGAUGAUUACCACAUACGCUCUAACUAUUCCCCUCCUCCGGAAGAAAGCGCGAUUUGCCGCCGAACACCCGGAAAGUGAAAUUAUUCGCAGGUUGGGUGGACGCUUUACCCUAAGGCCACAGCAGAGCCAGCAGAUGUUCAGAUGUUCAGCGGGUUCUGGCGGCAAGUACAAAUUCCUAACAUUGGGCGACAGCCAUCGCAGCUUCCACACUACAGGAGAGGUUGAGGGUAGAACUCCUACCAGAGGGAGAUGCGUAGAGCCAGUGAAACGACCUUUGAUGCUACAUCGAUCGGCGAGUAGCGGAAGCAUGGGCGCGGUUAGUUGUCGUAAAGUCAUCAACGGGAGUAGCGGAGCUGGAGGAAGUAGGCACAGGCCGACAGGCACUAGCUUUCAGUUCUCUGGCGACGGCAUCCUGCGGCACUCAUCGUCUUCCGCCUCGAACUGCCAGUCCACAUGCAUGUGGCGCAAGCACGGCGGCUAUCCGAACCUAAUGGCCAGCCAAUCAAAUCGACAGGCCUCUGUGCGUGUCACCAUCUCCCAACCAAAAUUGGGUCGCCCAACAAAUAUAGGUGAAAAUGGGAGUGGAGCUGUUAGAGCGAUGGAGGUGGGGGGUGGUGGCAAUGGCUCAUCACUUGGCAGAACGAGCAACUCAUGUCCAGGAGGCACGGGUUUAAUAGAAAACGCAGCCAACCAGGGAUCGACUCUGAACCUAAGUCAGGCAGCUGGAGGCAAUCAGUUGAAGACGAAGGCUUUAACAAAAUGCUGCAACAAAAUGCGGCCCUUUAAAUUUUCCUUAAACCGCGUUUCCACGCCCAACCUAAACUUACGUUUUUUAAACAAUCGCAGUAAACGAAACAGCUUGUCGGCAAAUGCCGUUGCCACGGAGCAGAAGGCCACCAAGGUGCUCGGAUUGGUGUUCUUUACCUUCGUUCUGUGCUGGUCCCCUUUUUUUAUCUUGAACAUUAUAUUUGCCAUCUGCCCUGAGUGCCGAGUGCCGGAGCGCGUAGUGAAUACCUGUCUUUGGCUUGGUUAUGUCUCCUCGACGAUCAAUCCAAUCAUCUACACCAUAUUCAAUCGAACGUUUCGGGCGGCCUUUAUCCGCCUGCUUAAGUGCAACUGCGAACGUUCCGGUCGCCCGUUGCGCUUUCGUUCAGUGACAGAAGGACGAGGCGCUCUCAGCCUGUGCGCCCCUUCGGCCUUGCCCCUGGCCAUAUCCUUCCAGGGGGGGCCACUCAUGACACCAUCCACGGCAAAUGCGACGCCGUUGAGCGAGUUCCGCGGCAGCUGCUGCACGGUCACAGACGACUAGUGCUGAGCCAUGAGGAGCACCAUCAUGUUCAUAGCUGGGAGAAAAUAUACGAAUUUAUACCGACGUAACGGCAAAGACCAAGCGGAGUCUACUGUAAUUAGCAGCUUUCCCUACAUAACUUCAGGCCCUAUCUUUUAAAUCACAAUCAAUUUAAGGAAUUUUGUAGUUUCUGUAUAGAAAAUAGUAAACUUUGUAGUCAUCCAUAUCAUUAAGGGAGAAACAGAAAUGAUUUUAUUAGGGCAAAAUAAAAUAACAAAAAGUAAGUAAGAGUAUUCGUUACCAUA